CCGUACUGUUCAACAUAGUCGGCUCAAAUCUUAUAUAUUUUAUGUUUAUUAAUUUUAACAUAGGUGAUUUCAAAUAUAAUCAAAUUAUAAUCAGGCCUCCAUUAAAUAUUUUAUUGCCCAAUUUAAAAAGUUAUGACCUAAUUAUCACUGCGAUUGUCUGUGCGAAACGUAAUCAAUUAAAAAUUGUUUCAUGAGAGUAUUGGAAUAAAAGAUCGAUAUUGACAAAAUGGCUCCAACACAACAAAACGUGGACGCGUGCGACGACCCGACACAUGCACAAAUAAAAAUGAGACUUCUAUCUAGUGAUUACAAAAGUGAUAAUUGUGUAAACAACUAUGAUAAUAACAAUUCAGUGUUGCGAGACAAUGUUAGUGACAAAAUAAACAAUGAAACAGACUUCGACAUAAGCAAAUACGAAGCUAUGGAAUUUAGGCCACAAAUUAAAUGGCCAGAUCUUACAGUACAAAUAUCGCUACAUUUGGUUUCAAUAUAUGGACUAUUCCUUAUAGUGACAAAUGAGGUGAAACUUUACACUGUGUUAUUUGCUCUGGCGACGAUCUACACGUCGGGCUUUGGUAUCACAGCAGGAGUACACAGGCUGUGGUCACAUCGGGCAUAUAGAGCGAGGACACCGCUCAGGAUAUUACUAGCAGUGCUGUUCACCAUCACUGGCCAGAGGGACAUCUACACAUGGGCGUUAGAUCACCGUGUGCAUCACAAAUACUCCGAGACCGUUGCUGAUCCUCACGAUGUACGGCGAGGGUUUUGGUUCGCUCACGUGGGUUGGCUAGUCCUCACCCCUCACCCUGCGGUAGAGAACCGCCGGAUAGCGCUACAAAAGACAUCACUGGAUCUCAUGGCUGAUCCCGUCGUGAGAAUACAAAAGAUGAUCUUCAUUCCUUCAUUCGGAUUACUGAACAUAAUACUCCCAGUGUGGAUACCGUGGUACUACUGGAAUGAGAGCCUACUCAUCAGUUUCGUCAUCAGCUUCGUAACCAGAUUUACUAUCACACUCAACGUCGCUUACUGUGUUAAUAGCUUCGCCCACCUGUGGGGCAACAAACCUUAUGAUAGGUUUAUACUGUCCGUUGAAAAUCAAAUGGUGAGCCUAGCGGCACUGGGCGAAGGUUGGCACAAUUACCAUCACGUAUUCCCAUGGGACUAUCGCACUUCAGAGCUUGGCAGAUUCAAUGUGUCUACUAGAUUUAUAGAUAUUUUCUCUAAAAUUGGCUGGGCCUAUGACCUUAAGGCAGCCUCCCCUUCGAUGGUAUCAAACAGGGCUAAUCGAUGUGGUGAUGGUACCUUUGAAGAAACCGAAGAGCCACAUCCAGAAUUAACUGAGUACAAACAUUAAUUAAACAAAUAACCCAACACUAGACUAAUUUAUUUGUAUCAUAAUUUCAACCGACAUAAAUCUACAACGUUGCUUUAAUAAUGUAACUCUCGAUAUACGAUAUUAAUUAAUUAAAUACAAGAUUAAGUAUGAGUAGCUUAAUUUAAUGCUUACCUCAGAGUGUUUUUGGACUUAAUUUCCAAUUUGUAGUUGUAAUCAAUAUGCUAAU